AUGAUAUAUAGUAUUCAGGUUAGUUCUAUCCAAUUCCAUCAAUUUUCCAUGAACUUCAAUAUUCUCAUUCCAAAGUUCAAUGUAUUCCAGACGCUCUUAAUAGAAGCUUUAGUAUUGUCAAAUUCCAUUUCACCUACGCAACCAAUUGAUUAUAAAGAUGCUGAACGAUCAUUGUGUGAUUCUGGUGAAGUGCGCGAAGCAAAGCCUCAGGAUCUUGCUUACAUCCUUAUGAAUAAUUAUAGCCGAAAUGCUUUACCUGAGCCUUCUCCUGUACGUGUUUUGGUGGAAAUAACAAUACAGGAUAUAUCUGAUAUAUCAGCUAUUACGGGAACUUUUGUAAUUGACUUUUGGAUUAGUGCCAUAUGGCUAGAUCAACGAUUAUCAUUUGAACAAUAUGAUCCUUGUCGAAAGAAUCUGUCAUUGGAUCACGAUAUGGAACCUCGUCUAUGGUCACCAAACGUUUGUAUUGUAAACUCGAAGAAUACAAAAGUUCAUGAUUCGCCUAAACCAAAUAUUUUGUUAAUGAUUUUCCCAAAUGGUACCAUAUGGCUGAACUAUCGAAUACGAUCUGAAGCUCCUUGUCAGAUGGAUCUGAGAAGCUUUCCUUUGGACUCCAUACGUUGCACAUUGUUUUUCGAGAGUUAUUCUUAUAAUGCCGCGGAGGUAAGCUUAGAAUGGUUGGAAUGGUCACCUGUUAGUACUGUGAAAAGCGAUUACAACUUACCAGAUUUUAAAAUGACAAAUAUCACUUAUGGUCAUGUUACCGAGAUUUACACUGCUGGAAUUUGGCAUAGACUCUCAGUUUCCAUUCAUUUUGAGCGACUAUAUGGAUUUUACAUACUACAGAUGUAUCUACCAACGUAUAUAUCAGUUUUCAUAAGUUGGAUUGCAUUUUGGAUGGAUACAAGAGCCUUACCAGCCAGAAUCACUCUAUCCGUAUCUUCGCUGAUGGCCUUAACAUUUCAGUUCGGAAAUAUAGUGAAAUCACUUCCCAAGGCUUCUUAUGUUAAAGCUAUUGAUAUCUGGAUGUUCAGUUGCGUGGGAUUCAUAUUUUUCUCUCUCAUUGAAUUAGCAAUUGUUGCCUAUAACGAUAAAAUGGAAGAUCAAAAAGUGCGAACAACGCGUUUAUCAAUAGGACAGAUGAAUGGACAAUACACACGAAGAAGUAUAGCUGAAGUAUGUGCAAGUCGUAAUAAAGGAAGUGAACUUGGUGCAGCCAUAGAUCGGGUAGCCAGCAUAGCAUUUCCAGCGGCGUUUGCUCUGUUCAAUUUUGUAUAUUGGACAUAUUAUCUCUUAAAGAGGAACACAAUCCAUGAACAUACAUGA